AUGGCGGAUACUGCGACCGACCACGUCGAAGAAAUUUCAGAUGAGACUCGGAUACCUUCACAAGAUAAGAACGAAAAAGGCGGAGAUUUUGAAGAUGUCACUCCAAGCGACGAAUAUUCGCAUACCGUCAACCCCAAACCAUGGCGAUUCGAGCACUGGAUCCCUGGUGGAUACAGUCAAUCAAGAAUGCUGCGAUUCAAGAAUCCAUCGACGAUGUAUAAGGUGAUCAACUUCUUCGCCGGCGUUGCGAUUUGCUUUUACGGAUAUGAUCAAGGUGUCAUGUCAAUGGUCAACCUUAACCCGGAUUACCAGAAGCUCAUGGGAAUAUUCCCCCUCGAAGAAAGCUCUAGGAACACGGCCGCGGAAGGUGGUAUCGUUGCCGUAUACUAUGGAGGCACAAUGAUUGGCGCGCUCAUGGCAGGGGCUUUGGCUGAUCGAUGUGGGCGUGUGAAGGCCAUUGUCUUUGGCUGUCUUUGGGUUAUUCUGGGCGCGGCACUUCAAGCAUCUGCGUAUGAUAUUACCUGGAUGUGCUUUGGGCGUGUUCUUGCUGGAAUUGGUGUUGGCGCAAUUGACUGUGUGAUUCCGGUCUGGUCGGCGGAAGUCAGCAGUCAUUCGGCUCGAGGAGCGUUUUUGGCUCUUGAGUUUGUUAUGAACAUUGGAGGGUUGGCGAUGGCAUAUUGGAUUGAAUAUUUCGCCUCAUUGAAUCCCAAUCAAGCGAUGGCUUGGCGCACACCACUAGCCCUCCAACUAGUCUUUAUAAUUUUCAUCGGGAUUGGAAUAAACUUCUUCCCAGAGUCCCCUCGUUGGUUGAUGAAGAUGGGACGCUACGAAGAAGCGCGUGAUAUCCUACAGGCCACACGAUCUGGCGACAUUGAACCCGAGGCGCGGCAGAUCAUGCAGACUGUGCAGUAUGAGCUGAAGGUAUCGUCAGCCAACCAAUAUCUUGCGAUGAUAUUCCCACGCGAUGAAUAUACACGAAAGCUGCGCUGGCGAGUCUUCCUGGCUGUCUGGUUGCAGAUCAUGCAGCAGCUUGUCGGCAUUGGUGUCGUCACUGUAUAUGCGGUCGACUUGUUUUCCACCGCAGGUUUCAGCCAGAAUCUGUCUAAACUUCUGGCUGGAUUCAACAACAUCAGUUACAUGUUCUCGGUCUUUUUUGCGGUGAUCACUUUGGAUCGCUACGGCCGACGACAAACCAUGAUCUGGGGCGCAGUAGUCAUGGGUUUAACCCUUUUCAUCGGAGGCGUCCUGGAUAUGUACGCACAAGAAGCCGGACCAAAUCAGAUGAAGUUCGGAGCCGGCGUCGCAGCCAUGACCUUUUUCUAUACUGCCACAUUUGGCGCCACAUGGUUGACCACGCCCUGGCUUUACCCAACAGAAAUUUUUCCACUCACCGUGCGUGCCAAGGGAGGCGCAUGGUCUGUCGUCGGCUGGUCCAUUGGAAAUGGCGUGGUGACAAUGAUCACCCCUUUCCUCUUCCAGGCUAUCGGAUACGGCACGCUUCUACUACUUGCCGGACUAAAUUUCUUCGUUAUCCCAUUCCUUUUCUUGCUCUACCCGGAAACUGCCGGUCGCAGUUUGGAGCAGAUGGAUGUUUUCUUUGACAACACCGACACCUGGAAUGUGUUUGCUGCGAGCAAGGGGAUUAGGGAGAAAGGCAUUGACGACUGGCAGUGGACCAAGAAAGUCUCUGAGAAGGACACUACUGUAGCCUAA